UUGGCAACCGUUUGAUGAAAAAGCUGUUUUGCAUGCAACGUAUUUGAGAUCUGAUUUGUGACGGAGCAAAAAGAAUUGAGAUCAGGAAGAAAUUCUGCCUGAAACCCAGGAUGCAGAUAGAGCAGCCAAGAGUGGUUUCCAUGGACCAUUCCCAUUCAGUUGGAUCUCCAUCGCUGUUUGCUUCAGAAAAGCUAUAGCUCAAUUCACGGCCUUUCUUUUGCAUGCCAAGCCCCAGUUCCAAGCCCCAGAAUCCAUUGGUGGUUUAGAAUAGCACAAGCCUUAAUCCCCCCAGCAGCUUUUCCUGAUUUGUGGUACAUUAGAGUUAAUCGUUGCUCUUGAAGAUAUUCUAAUGAUGGAAAGAGAAAUAUAGAAAAGAAUAAGUGAAGCACAUUCAUUGCUGAAGACAUCUCAUGCAUUUCUCUUUUCUCUUGUAGAAGGUGCCCUUUGCCAGGUGUGGCAUGAAGAGGUGCCAGGCAGGAGAGAGGAAAAGAGUUCCAGAGGGCGAACAGGUGUGCUGCUACCAAUGUGACCCUUGUCCAGAAGGGACCAUUUCUAACCAGACAGAUUCUGCAAGCUGUGAUCCCUGCCCAGAAGACCAAUAUCCCAACAAGGACAAGGACCACUGCAUUGCCAAGAAGAUCCACUUCCUUGCCUAUGAAGAUGCCCUGGGAUAUGCUUUAGCUUUGCUCACACUUUCUUUCUCUGCAAUCACAUUGGGAGUCCUGGCAAUUUUCCUUAAACAUCGUGACACACCAAUUGUCAAGGCUAACAAUCGAGAUCUCACCUACAUCCUUCUGGUCUCCCUCCUGCUCUGCUUCCUCUGCUCCUUCCUCUUCAUUGGUCGACCAGGGAAGAUCACCUGUCUCUUCCGACAAACUGCCUUUGCCAUUCUCUUUUCCCUUGCAGUUUCCUCCAUUUUGGCAAAAACUGUCAUGGUGGUUCUGGCCUUCAUGGCUACCAAACCAGGAAACCAAACUAGGAAACUCUUAGGAAAACCACUGACCAACUCCAUUGUUGUAGCCUGUCCCCUGGUCCAAGUAGUUCUUUGUGCCACCUGGCUGGUAACCUCUCCCCCAUUUCCCAAUUUGGAUUUCCAUGCCUUGACUGGGGAGGCCAUUUUGGAAUGUAAUGAAGGCUCAGCUUCAAUGUUUUACGCUGUCCUCUCAUACCUGGGUUUCCUGGCCUUUGUGAGUUUCACAGUAGCUUUCCUGGCUAGGAAAUUGCCCGACAGCUUUAAUGAAGCCAAGUUCAUUACUUUUAGCAUGCUGGUCUUUUGCAGUGUUUGGAUCUCCUUCCUCCCCACCUACCUGAGCACCAAAGGGAAGUCCAUGGUGGUUGUGGAGAUCUUCUCCAUCUUGGCCUCUGGGGCUGGUCUCUUGGCUUGCAUCUUUUCCCCUAAAUGCUUCAUUAUCCUAUUCAGACCCCAUCUUAACUGUAGGGAGAAUAUGAUAAGAACCAAAAAUCUCUAA